GAAGUAGGUAGGGUCUGCGGGUGGGGGUCGCUGCAGCUUCACCAGACUUCUGUAGCCCGUCCAGAGCGAAAAGGACGGAGAGAGAGGCGGGCAGAGGAGAGCGGGGCUGCGGGCUAUGCACGCGCUGCUGCUGGUUCGGGACCGAGACUGACCCCCCUACACCCACACCCACCCACCGGGCCGGGCCGCCGCUGUCCGCCCUGCACGGCUCCAGAACCGCGAGGAGAUCUGCGAGGACCCGCUGGAUUAUACACACACACACACACACACACACACGCAGCCUUUAAACCUGGAGGACCCAGAGAACAUGUGGCUGUCCUGGCUCACCUGCGCGCUCGUGCUGGGAACUCUGUGUGCAGGGCUGAGCCACGGGACUGCCGACACCAGGGAGUGUGUGUACUACAACGUGAACUACGAGAUCGAGAAGACGAACCAGAGCGGCGUGGAGCGCUGCGAGGACGAGCAGGACAAACGCUCGCACUGCUAUGCCUCCUGGAGGAACAACUCGGGCUCGAUCGAGCUGGUAAAGAAGGGAUGCUGGCUGGACGACUUCAACUGCUACGACCGGCAGGAGUGUGUGGCCACCGAGGAGAGCCCGCAGGUCUUCUUCUGCUGCUGUGAAGGAAACUUCUGCAACGAGCGUUUCACCCACCUGCCGGACAUCACAGUGCCACUGAUCAAGGCCCCGCCCCCCAGCAUUGGUGUUUUAAACGUGAUGAUUUACUGCCUGCUGCCCGUCACCAUGCUGUCUGUCGCUCUGCUCACCGCCGUCUGGAUGUACCAACACCGCAGACCUCCGUAUGGACACGUGGACGUCACCGAGGAUCCUGGUCCGCCUCCUGCCUCCCCCCUACCGGGGCUGAAGCCUCUGCAGCUGCUGGAGGUGAAAGCCAGGGGGCGCUUCGGCUGUGUCUGGAAGGCUCAGAUGAUGAACGAACACAUGGCUGUGAAGAUCUUCCCCAUCCAGAAUAAGGACUCCUGGGAGAACGAGAGGGACGUGUUCAUGACGCCGGGCAUGAGGCACGCGAACAUCCUGAGGUUCAUCGCCGCAGAGAAACGAGGGAGCUACCCCGAGGCCGAGCUGUGGCUCAUCACAGAGUUCCACGAGAGGGGUUCCCUGUCGGACUUCCUGAAGGGAAACGUGAUCGGCUGGUCUGAGCUGUGCCACAUAGCCGAGACGACGGCGCGCGGCCUGGCGUACCUCCACGAAGACGUCCCCCGACAGAAGGGAGAGGGUCCCAAACCGGCCAUCGCCCACAGGGAUUUGAAGAGUAAGAACAUCAUGCUGCGCUCGGACCUCACGGCGGUGAUCGGAGACUUCGGCCUCGCCGUUUGCUUCGAGCCGGGGAAACCGCCGGGAGAGACGCACGGACAGGUGGGCACCAGGCGCUACAUGGCCCCCGAGGUCUUAGAAGGAGCCAUCAACUUCCAGAGAGACGCCUUCCUCCGGAUCGACAUGUACUCCAUGGGCCUGGUACUGUGGGAGCUGGUGUCCCGCUGCAAGGCUGCAGACGGUCCGGUGGAUGAGUACAUGCUGCCGUUCGAGGAGGAGGUUGGUCAGCAUCCAUCACUGGAGGACCUGCAGGAAGUCGUGGUCCACAAGAAGAUGAGACCGACCAUCAGAGAGCCGUGGCUCAAACACAGCGGUCUAGCUCAGAUCUGUGAGUCGGUCGAGGAGUGCUGGGAUCACGACGCCGAGGCUCGCCUGUCGGCCGGCUGCGUGGAGGAGAGAAUCGCCCAGAUCCGCCGCCUCACCGCCACCAUCGCCCCACCUACCUCUGAGAACAACACCCUGCUGGGUUCCUCUGUCGCACCAGUUCCCAUGGUAACUAACGUGGACCUGCCGCCCAAAGAGUUCAGUAUAUGAUGUGAAAGAAACGACGUGCACACACCACGCCAUCGCUCCUCAGUGGAAUUUCGGACGUGAGAGCAGCUGCUAAUUUAUUCUCUGGACUUCUUUUGGACUCUUUGUGAUUCCCUCUCGUCCUUCGGGACGGAGUACCAGCACACCUCGCUGUUCCUAAGUUUUCCUCUCAGUGGGACUCAUUCGUGUCUUUUUAACCAGGCGUGUGUUUUAUGAGAAAACGCAUUCAGGGUCCGACUCAGUGAAUGCUUCGAUCUCCAGGUACCUCAGCGACCGUUUUUAUUCGCUCAUUUUUUACCGUUUUCCUCGCUCAUUCCUGCCUCUUCUGUCUUCUACUCACAUCUGGAUCUUAUCUACCUACCUGCCAACAGCGUCGCCUAGCAACCACCUGUCACCAGGCAACUACAAUGCUGCAAAACCCACAGAGGAGCCCGAGACUGUUACACAGCAAACACCCACCCACAGUGACCGCUUUUCUACUUUACCUGGACUUUAGUUUUUAUCGGUCUCCUGCGACAACACGUCGUUGUUCGCAUCUUUAAAUCCAACGGGUUGCAUCCAAAACCGACGGAAACAGGAAGUGAUGUCAGAUGGGAAAAGGCGAAAUGGGCCUGUUUGUUUCCAGUGUGGCGGUUUCUGUUCUCUCGUGUUUCGUGUCUCAGUCUUCUCGCCUGGGGGUGAAGGCUGAGACUGUGAUUGGUUUGCCUCGCAUUGCAGAGGGCUGACUGCGCUCAACCACAGCGUUUUGGUUGGUUUGGAAAUAAUUUCUCAGGUAAUCAUGACUACAGGUGUGUGUGUGGGGGUGGGGGUGGGGGGUGAUGGGACGCUGGCUAAGGGUUUCCUGAGGGUGGGGCCAGAGUCAGAUGUGGCUGAUGAGAGCCUUCAGUGGGAGGUGCUUACCUGGGGGUGCUCUAAGCCUGUUGGCUGUAAAGGUGCCCAAACAAACAAGGGAACAGGUGUUACCCUAAAGGUGCAAGACCUCAUAAUGCAUGCAUUCAGGUCUGUGUGUGUGUGUGUGUGUGUGUGUGUGUGUGUGUGUGUGUGUGUGUAAACUGUCACAUGCACAUGAUGUGACAGGUUUGAGUUUACACCUAUUUCCUGCCUGUGUUACCUGAGAGAUCGGUGACCUUUGACCUGCAGCAGCACCACCUUCAGGUUAAACCCUUCAAACUGAGCAUCCGACAUGUGAGUGCUGCAUGAUUUAUUCUACACGUGUGGAAGGAGGGCUUCUUCCUGUCCCUGCCUUUCACAAUAAAAGCCCUGGACAUGCACACUGUGUGACUUUGAGAUUUCAUUCAAACUGUGAGGUCAAACAGCUGAUUUCUGUUUAUGAACGUCUCAGGCCCCACUGACUCACAUCCAGGUGUCCAGAUCCACAGACUGAUCCUAAGAAGCUGCUGCAGAGGUCAAAGGUCACCUGUGUCCUUCUAAUGCCCCCGUUCUUCCCUUCUGUGAUGCCAUACAUGUAACAUGAAUGUCUACGAUGCUGCUGCUGACUCUGAUGAUGAUGAUGCAUAUAUUUCUGUAGAUUCUUUUUAUUGUUAGUUUUAUUUUAGUUACAUUGACCACAUGCAAAUCUGUGUUUGUACAGAGUUUGGGGGGGGGGGGGUUAAUGAUCAGCACUGAUCAAUGAGAGACGACAGUAGAGCUCCUGAAGCACAGACCACCUCAACACAGCAGAAAUACCUCAGACUUUUCUACGAGCUGGAUUUUUACAUUUUGAUGUUUGUGAUUUUUUUUGGUUUACUUUGUGUUUUUGUUGUUUCCAUUAAACCCGCGGAGCUGCCGGGCCGUGCCGACUCGCAGCUCGCUGCUGUUUCACACUAAACGACCUACACCUGGACUUCCUCUCAUCCUUCCUCCUCUCUUUUCAGGUUUCCUUCUUUCCUUUCCUCUACUACCUCCUUUCUGUUUCCUUCCUGACUCCUCAUCCACACCUUGUUAUCUCCCUGCUGUAACAGGUCACAUGGUUUAACACCUCCUCCCCGAUUCAGUGACUCUAAAGUAAGGUGCAGUCCUUCAGGCAGCGCUCCACCUGCAGUCUGACCUCCAUCAGGGCUAACCCCGCCUCAGUCUCUGACUCCAGGUGUUUCAGGAACUGGUUACCUCAUUAAAGUCUCACAGGUGGAAACGCUGUGCUGCGCCCGCGGUCACAGCGACCUGUUUGUGCUCAGCAUGGUUAGCGACUGCUGCUGCACGGUGCAUUCAUUCUUUUAUUUUGCCGUCCUGAGAAUUCAUCUCUGUAAAUAAUUUAGGGCACUCGUUCGACCCGUGUGCUGCAGUCACACUCGGGUAGUUUGGAUCUCCGGCUGUUCCCCAGCAGCUGCCGCCUCCAUGAGAACUGAUGCAAGUUCCUGUGAGGCAGGACAGUGCAUCACCGCUUCCAAAAAUGCCCCCAAACCCUGAACUUCCUGUCGUCUGCUGACAUCACCGGCUGUUCAGGGCCUCAGUCAGCUGAUCUGACUCGUUUAGGCGGCUCCACAGUACAUGACUGCACACGGAAACGCCUGGCCAGGUCAUUUCAUCAGAGUUAGCUUGUGCUGCUAGCACUGACCUGGCUAACAUCACACACACUCAGACCUCCCUCAGAGCUGUGAGGGAAGGUUAUGGUCUCCGAGUCCUUGGAGCUCGAUGCUAAAGAGAGCGAGUCACAUGACUCCUUCCUCCAGCUUGUCCUGAGGAGGUGUGUGAAGAUGGCCGCCUCCUUUUUGGUAUUUUGGCCUGUGCCAAAGAAACGGUCAAGGUCAGAGACACGAGUUCCCUCACAGUCCUCUGUCUCUGCCAUCGAAGACAGACGUUUUUAAAUGGUGACGAGCAGAAAGGAAUUCUGGGUGUUUAUCCACAGGACAGCCCUGUGAGUGUAGGACUGAAUGCUUGCUGUGCUGACUGUGACGGCGAGCAGAGCUGUGAUUGAGUCUAAGCUUCGUUUAAACGUGACGAAGGCGGGAAAAGAGCAGAGGUACUGUCACUGGUCUUGGGACCCGCCCCCUCUGUCGACUUUGCUGCCAAUCGAUGGACGCGUUGCUCCAACAUCUGACAUUUGGGGGGGGGGGAUUGUCAUGUCAACAGUGACCAGUAGCUAGCCCUGCUUUACAUGGCAGUUAGGAUUAGCAAAGCUAGCUGUGCGUUAUCAGGCUGCUGCUUCACCGUGUCAGCUGUGAUCUGAUUGGCUAACGGCUCUGCUGCCACUUUAAAUUUUUUUUCAAUUUUCAGCUGAAGUGAAACAGCCGACCCAUAAUGCACAGCUCCAAAUGUUACAACAUCUGGAGCUGCAGCUGGAGUCUUACACUCACAGAAGGUCAUGAGCAACGUUCACUUCCUGUGGCACGGGCCAACAGAGGCGUCCAGCUCCACCAACGCCAUCUGCUCCACCCGUGGGAGGAGCGAGCUGUGAGUCUCUAAACAGGAAGAGAAGCGACUGAUCUUCAUCGGCGUGACUGUAGGAAGAGCAGUUUAACAUGUAGAAAUACACGUGUACAUACAUAUGAACAGGAAAGAGGAAGUGACACCUAACAAAAUAAAAGCCUCUUCCUGGUUCCGGUCCUUCCUUCAGUAGUAGCGACUGAUGGAGGUUCCUGGUUUUAUUGUGGUGCUUUAUAAAGAGAACCUCCACCUGCUCCGUCUGCCUGGAGACAGACAAGAAAUGACGUGUGUGUGUGUGUGUGUGUGUGUGUGUGUGUGUGUGUGUGUGUG